AUGACGACCCCAACCGCUGGGUGGAACGUCUACCCCCUCCUUGGCGUCAGGCCUGCCAUCAAGACAGACGCGCCUGUCUCACCUGCUGAGCUCGUACAUGGCGCGCCGUUAAGACUACCAGGAGAAUUCUUUGACCAUGCAACUCUUGCCCAACCCGCUCCUGACCUUCUUGACUACGCCGCACGCCUGCGGUCGUACUGUGCUGACUUGCGGCCGCCGCCCACACGGUCCCCUUCGUCCCGUCCCGUCUUCAUUCAUCCGGCUCUUCAUUCCGCAACGCAUGUGUUUCUGCGGCACGACGCGGUUCGUAAACCGCUCCAACCCCCUUACGACGGCCCUUUUCCCGUCCACUCUCGUCAAGCGAAGACCAUCACCAUUAGGCUUCCUCAUCGGCUCGAAGUUGUCUCGGUGGACCGUGUGAAGCCUGCCUUUUUGCCUGCCAUCACUCCGGUGCCCGAACUUUCUCGCGCCUCGUCCCCCUGCCCGCCUGUACCGGUCCAUCCGCCACGUUCGGUGCAUUGGGCACCCGGCACCUUCUGUCCGUCUCAUUCCUCGCCGGCUUACGGUCCAGGGGGGGGCUGUAGCUGA